CAAAAAUACCAUGACAUCGCCGCUGAUGCUCGCCACUAUGCGCAUAAAAUCGCAUACGCAUAUCUUGAACAGUCCAUCUUAUUUCGAAUCAAUUGAACAUGGCUGAACCCAUUCCCGCAGAGGAGCAAUCCAACUACGAAACGUUCCGCGACUGCAUGAGCGAGCUGGUCCUCAAAGCGCUCGCCGCGCCGACGGAGAAGCCCAAGGCGAAGAAGAAGCGCUACGCGAAAAAGGGAUCAAAGAGCGGAAAAAGGGAUGUUUCGCCAGACAACAAAGCCAUUUCAAACGGCAAUGAGGAUACACAAUCCACAGAUGCCGAAGACCUAGGCGAAUUCAUCGAAUACCUUAGCGCCCUCAUCUUCCCUAGCCUGCCCCCCUCCCUCCGCACCCUCACCCACACCCUCUUCACAUCCUCCCCCUCCCUCGAAGAAAUAUACUCACCCCCGCUCUCCGCCGCGACACGCACCAUCCUCCUGAGCAGCAUCACCCCCUCGGCCAUUGACAGCCUAGAAUCCUACGCCCUCCUCCCACUAGCCUCGGACCAAACCGACCACCACAACCUCCUCACCCCGCUCUUCACCGCUUAUAUCACCGCCGUCACGGCUCCACCGCCCAUCUGGUCCAGCACACGCACCUCAGCCUGCGAAUUGUGUGGUAGAGAUUGGGUACCGCUUACGUACCACCACCUUAUCCCGAAAUCUGCGCAUGCGAGGGUGUUGAAGAGGGGGUGGCAUGCGGAGGAGCGGCUGAAUAGCGUGGCGUGGUUGUGUCGGGCGUGUCAUAGUUUUGUGCAUGGGUUAGUGGGGAAUGAGGAGUUGGCGCGAAGUUUUUAUACGGUUGAGUUGAUUGUUCGAGGGGGUGUGGGUGGGGAUGAGGAGGUGAGGGAGAGGGUGGAGCGGUGGGUUAAGUGGGUUGGGGGGGUGAGGUGGAAGAGUCGGUGAUGUUCAGUUGUUUAGAUGAGUUGAUUUUUUGAGAGGAGGAAGGGGGAAUAGUGAGCACGAAGAAGUAUGGAGAAGAGUAGAUGUUGUUGUUGUUGUUGUUGUAGUAGUAGUAGUAAUCAUAAUAUUAAAACUUCAUAUCUGAGA